GGCCCCCGGCUCCGGCAUUAUAAAGAGCGCCACGAGUCGGCAUUGUCAGGCGGCGGCACUGCGUGGGUCUUGUGUAACUGUGUGUUGGUGGGCUCCGUUCGGCUGCGGCCGAGGAAGAGGGCACGAGAUCGCAGCGGCUCCGUAGGCUGGCGGAGACGAGGCCCGGCAGCGCGAGGGUGAGCGCCGUCGAGCCCGUGACACCUUCCCGGCGGGCGGGGACGAGUGGGCCUCGCGGCGUCAUCGGCGGCGAGGAGCCGCCACGCCUUGGCCUAGCAUGUCGGAAGCGAGUGAGGAGCAGCCCAUGGAGACGACGGGCGCCACCGAGAACGGACAUGAGGCCGCCCCCGAAGGGGAGUCGCCAGCCUCCACCGUCACAGGGGCCGCAGCGGGCGUCGGAGGCGGGAGCGCGGCGCCCCCAGUCGGAAACCAGAAUGGCGCCGAGGGCGACCAGAUAAACGCCAGCAAGAACGAGGAGGAUGCGGGAAAAAUGUUCGUUGGUGGCCUGAGCUGGGAUACCAGCAAAAAGGACCUAAAGGAUUAUUUUACCAAAUUUGGAGAGGUCGUUGACUGUACAAUAAAAAUGGAUCCCAACACUGGCCGGUCAAGAGGGUUUGGGUUUAUUCUCUUCAAAGAUGCAGCCAGUGUGGAGAAGGUCCUAGACCAAAAGGAACAUAGGCUGGAUGGCCGUGUCAUUGACCCCAAAAAGGCCAUGGCUAUGAAGAAGGACCCAGUAAAGAAAAUUUUUGUAGGGGGUCUGAAUCCUGAAGCCACUGAGGAGAAAAUCAGAGAAUACUUUGGCGAGUUUGGAGAGAUUGAGGCUAUUGAGCUUCCAAUGGAUCCAAAGUCGAAUAAAAGACGAGGCUUUGUUUUCAUCACUUUUAAAGAAGAGGAACCUGUGAAGAAAGUUCUGGAGAAAAAGUUCCACACUAUCAGUGGAAGUAAGUGUGAGAUCAAGGUGGCCCAGCCCAAAGAGGUCUAUCAGCAGCAGCAGUACGGCUCUGGGGGCCGUGGGAACCGCAACCGGGGGAACCGCAGCGGCGGUGGCGGAGGUCAGAGUCAGAGUUGGAAUCAGGGCUACGGCAACUACUGGAACCAGGGCUACGGCUACCAGCAGGGCUACGGGCCCGGCUAUGGCGGCUACGACUACUCGCCCUAUGGCUAUUACGGCUACGGCCCCGGCUACGACUACAAAAAAGGUUGGCUGCUGAGUGAAGGAACCGCCACGCGCAGGAGAAGCGAGGCCCACUCACCUGGAGGACGUGACCCAGCAGGGCUGCCUCAGAGCUGGGGCUGCAGUGUGGUACAACUUCGCAUGUUUGCUUCCAUGUCUGAAGAGAGCCACCCAACCUGUUAAUUGGCCUCUCUCCUGACGACCCCUGCUACCACCAGUGUCAAGCUUCUUGGAUGGCAGUGUGGAGGUUGGGCUCACCAACCUAUGUUCUACCCUUUACCACCAGCCAUAGGAUCAUAGCAAUUUCCCCAAAGGGCACAGUUAGCCCUCAGAUUUCCCAAGACUUCCAGACUCAACUGACACUCCUCCCUUGGUGCAGGAAACCAAGGCCAGCACGGUCUGCUUGUGCCCCCCUGGGCUGCCCACAAAUGCACUUCUCACACCCCUACCAGUUGUCUUAGGGAUGGGUCUCGGUGCCUAAAACCCUGGGGCAUAGGUGGGUGCUGCAUGCUGGGCUCCCCAGAUGGGACUGGGCCUGUUGGGGCUCCUACGAGCUGCUUAUAUAUGUAGCAUAGCCUCGAUAGAUGGUCCAGUCUGGGAGGUAGUUUCUUAGUGGGACUGGGGGAGACCCUGGGCUGUCUUUGGAAGCUAGGAGCUUCUGUGGAGGGGAACUUUCCUUUGUAUUUGAGUCCUGGGUAUAGAUGUCUUCAGCCACUCAGCAGCUGACUGAUCUUACUUAGCCUGAAUAAAAGUACAGACCUACCACUGAACACCUCAUAGUGGCUCUAAGGAUGCAUAAUGUGGUCUCCCACUGUGGUAAUGCUGGCUGGCCUCAGUCCAAGCCCUGUUUCCCUUGCCCUGUAUCCCAUGCUGGUACCUCCUGGGCAGGAGGAUGGGGAGGCUGCAGGCAGGACUAGGGAGGCCUGGGCCUGAAGGAUCCCUCCACCUCAGUUCUUUGCUCCCUGCGCUGUCCAGAAGAUAACCUGGCUUGGCUGUUGUGUCCCCUCCCUGGGCAUGCUACUGGCUGGUUUUAGAGACAUGGUCAGCUGCCCCUUGGGCUGCAGGCUUACCUGUCAGGAUGGCAUCCAUCUUUGCCACCACAUGUUGUGCGUUGUCCAAGCUGAAGCACAUUGGGGGCUUAAACUUGAGGACGUUUCUCCCAGGGCCAUCAGUGCUCAGCAAAAUGUGGUUCUCCUUCAGCCUGUAAAGACAGGAUAAGCAGCCAGGAGCCCUUCACAUAGUCUUAAAGGCCUUCCUCGGCCUGGCCUUGGCCUUGUGACUUGGGCUUUUGUGAUCAGCAGGCCAUGAGCCUGCUGCUCCCCAAAGCAGGGAUCUUUCCUCAGCCAUCCCUGCAGCCCCAGCCUAAGCCAAGCCAGGACUGCCAUGGAGGGGUGAGAGUUCCUGCAUUUUCCAUCUCCUGUGGCUAUGUGAUGUGUAUAGUAUACUUCAUGGAAAAUGCCCCACAUAACAGAUAGUGAACCCCAUGUACCCUUCACCCAGUUCCAGUAACUCCCCUGCCAACCUCAUUCCUGCUCCCUGCCCACAGUCAUCUGGCACUCCCAGAUGGGACUACUCACUUAAUUUCUGGUUCUCAGGGAGAUGAUUUUACCCUCUUUACAUCAGUACAUAAAAAUCAUUAGUUCUCCACAUUUAUACUUUAAACCUAGGAAGGUAUUUAGGCCACUGAGAGAAGGGGUCUGAUGUGAUUUACACGCUGAUCCCUGCUCCCAUUUAAUUUGCCUGGAGUGGGGGUCUUUGGGAACUCGGUCUGCCUUCUGGCACCUUGCUCCCAUCCCCUUCUACCUGCACUGACUACAGCUGUGGUGGAAAGAACAGGGUCUGGACUCAAACCCAGCUCUGCUGCCUACUAGCAGGGUGACUGCAGGUGGAACUUCCAGUUUUCCUUAGUGGAUUUCCAGGUGGCUGUGGGGUGGAGGAAGUCAGGCUAGCUGCAGGGCCAUCCCACUGGUGGCAUGGCCACCUGGCAGAGGGGGCAGGGACGGAAUGGUCCAGUUUCAAGAACCUUCAGAGGGAAGAUUUUUACAGAUUGUGCAAAUUGGGACACAGCACGAUGUUUCAGUUGAGUCUUAAGGAUGCAUAUACAUGGGGCAUGUAUGUCUCCUAAGGGGGCGGGGUAAGGGGAUAGGAGUGCAGAAUGGAGAUAAAUAGGAAGUAAGGGGAAGGGUCCUGAGGCUCAGGGCCUGCCUGGCAUGAAGUGAAAGAACGCAACCUGAGGCUGGGGUGGGGCUGCUGAGUCCCAGAUGCUGUCAGUAGGCAGGGCUGGCAAGGGGCAGGAGUCCCGUCCAUCCCCCAAGCCUGGUGCCUGGGGAAUGGGUUGCCCUCGUCUGGUCCUGCUGCAGUCCCUGGUGGGCUACGGAGAGCUGCUUCCUUUGGGCAGCCUGGGUGUCAGAGCUUCUGCAGUGUGCCAUGCUGGGCAGAAGUAGCCGCCUGGGCAGGGAAUGGCCUGUGCCCAUCUGAAGCCUCUGUUGCCGGGCAGUGGGCACAGAGCUGACGGGACUCUGUGCGUGGGACCUAGCUGAGGGGCUGCACAGAUUGGUGGUCCCCUUUCCGUGUCAGAGGCCCAGGUGCUAUGUCCUUCAGUCCACCUGCUGUGGGCCCAGAGUGCCCGAGAGGAGAGGCAAGAGGGGGAGGCUCCCCUAGUUAGGGCCCUAGACUGCAAACCCAACCUGUCUAAAGAAAAAAAAUCACCUGGACACCAAGUAAUCAGCCUCUUUGGUUGCUGGCGUCCUUGUGGCCUCAUCUUUGAUCAGAUCCACACCAAUGAAGAGCCCAAUGCCCCUGGAGGAGAAGGUGACAUCUUAAGCAUCCUGAGGGAUCACGGUCCUGGCUCUCAGCCUUUGCCUGGGCUACAGCCAAGCCCCUGCCAGAAAGUCCACCAGGGCUUGUACCUUUGCCUUGUGGGGAGGCUGAGAGCAAUGGGAACUGUCAUGGUGGUGAGACAGUUCCAGGAAGUAACUACAAUGGGUAAAAGGGCCCUUGGUGUGGACAGGGGAGAUGGGGUCAGAGCUCAGAUUGCUCCUGGCUUUCCCCUCCCUAGAAGCGCCAUCUUGGGCACCAGCUCCCCACUCAGUACUUCAGCUCCUCUGGAGAGGAAAAUGCCCACAGUCCCAGGUGGCCACCAGGUGAAAGAAAAAAACCUCGCCAGGCCUCUGGCAGGUGCUUGGUUAGUGGGUAUUGACUGCUGCCCUAAGCCUCACCUGACGUCCCCAAUGAUGGGAUGUUUGGCUUUUUGCUGCCGGAGAAGCUCCAUCAAGUAGCUACCCACAGAGGCAGCGUGAGCCUGCAGCUGCUCCUUCUCCAAGACAUCCAGGACGGCCAGCCCCACGGCACAGGACACAGGGCUGCCCCCAAACUGAGCCAGGGAACAAAGGGCAUGUCAGACACCUAGCAAAACAGGCCAUGUAUCACGGGAUCUUGAGGGCAGCAGAACUGCCGUGCACACACUGAGGGCAGGCGUGAGCACAGGCCCGAACCCCUCAGGGCGCAGAGUGCUUGGGAGUAAAUGGGGUUCUCCUGAGGUCCCUGUGGGCUAUCCUUGCCCUUGUAGGUGCUAAUGUGACUGUAAUCCAGGCCAGGUUCCCCCAGGGGUGCAGUAGGACCCCUGAGAAAAAGCAGAAUUGGAGGGGACGGUAUACUGUGUAUUCCCCCAGAAUUAGUUUCUGUUAAAAAGCUUCAGAGAAUUAGUUUCUGUUAAAAAGCUUUCAUUGGCUGGGCCCAGCCCUACACCAUCAGACUAGUUGCUAUCACCUCAUUCAAGGAGGGGCAAGAGCAACAUUCCACAGCCACUCCAAGGACAAGCCAUUCUGUGGUUCCACCUUACGGCUCUGUAGGCUGAGCCAGGACAGAUUUUAGGACACAUCACAAGCUGGCUGCCUGUGAGCCACAGAACAGUCUGAAGAUUGAUUUUGUUUGGCUCACCUGGCAUUUUAAGAAGUUUUGAAUCUGGUGCUAAUGUUUUAAAAAUAAGAGACUUCACUCAAAAAUACAUACUUUUGACUUAAACCUGGCCUAUAUGGCUACACUGUCCCUUUCAGGCACCCCAAGUGCUUUCACUCCCUACAUCUGGACCUGCAAGUGUCUGAGUGGGGGUGAGACUUGUUCAGAGUCAGGAGCAAGGAUGUCUUUAUUUUUUAACCAUGUCUUAAGAAAAAAACCUAUUGAGUUGUAGUUUACAUACAAUAAACUACACAUUUAAUGUGUAUAAGUUCCAUGUGAUUUGGCAAGUGUAUAUACCUGUGAAAUCUCCACAAUGACAAACAUGCCACUGCCAUCACUCCCCAAAGUUAUUUGUGCCCCCUUUUGUAUGGGCCCAGGCAACCACUGACUUGCUUUCUGUCACUAUAGUUUUGCCUUUUUUGGAAUGUCAUAUGAACAGAAUCACAGAAUAUGUUGCCUUUUGUGCCUGGCUUCUGUUCAACAUGUUUUUGAAAUUUAUUCAUAUUGUAUCAGUAGCUGUUCAUUUUACUGCUGCAUAGCGCAUUCCAUUGUAUGGACAUGUCACCAUUUGUUUAUCUGUGUGCUGAGAGAUUUGGGUUAUUUGAUUAUUGGAACCUUUGGUUAUUGGACUCUUGGGUUAUUUGAUUUUUGGCUAUUAUGAAUAAAAUUAUUGUGAACAUUUAAAACAA